ACAUACUGUACUCUACCGUUUCGCGCGAUACGGCCUCACUCUCUACUAUCGCCAUUACCAAAGCAAAAGAAGCACGAACCCCACCCUCAACUACCGCACCCUUCUACCUUUUAUUCUUCUUUGCACUAGCCAAUUUCCCAAAAUGGGUAAUGACGGCGGCAGCAUUCCCACCCGACGAGAGCUCGUCAAAUCGCCCACAAAGCAAAAGACCCACUCGCAACUGCGAGACACAAACGCUCAGACACAAACAUACCACUGGACCACUUGUCCGCUCUCCAAGCGACCACUCUCGGAGCCGAUAGUAUCUGACUCGGCCGGGGUGCUGUACAACAAGGACUCGAUAAUAGAAUGGCUGCUGAAGGGUGUGGAAGCGUUCGGUGACGGUGAGGAGGUGCUGGAGGGGCGGAUACACUCUCUGAAGGACGUUGUCGAGGUCAAGUUUGAGGAAGGGCGAAUAUGUCCGGUUUCUAGGAAGGAGUUGGGGCCCGGAACGAAGGCUGUCUACCUGGUUCCGUGCGGCCACGCUUUCUCCGAGAGCGCGGUGAAGGAGGUUGGGGAGGGGGUUUGCUUGAAGUGCGAUGAAGCGUACACCGGUGAUAACAUCGUCUCAAUAAACCCUACCGCUCCAGAGGACCUUCAGCAGCUCAAGACCCGGAUGGAGAAGUUGGUCGAGAAGGGGCUUACGCAUGCGCUUAAGUCUGCUGGUAAGACCAGGAAGCGGAAGAAGGAUAAGACCGGGAAGAACGGUGAUACCAAAACGGGUGGUAAUGCGAUUGACCCGGCAGUCCCGGCAGCUCCAGCGGCGACGGCGGGUACCGCUGCCGGUGGCAGUGGUAGCGGUGGCAAUAGUAACAGCAGCACUGGUAGCAUCAAGAACACUCUUGCUGCAGGCCUCACAAGCAAGGUUCUCGGGGACGAGAGAGUAAAUAAGAAGCGGAGGAAGGUCGAGAUGAGUGAUAACCUCAAGAGUCUAUUCUCCAAGGAAGAAAAUACAAAAUUGGGAAAGAGCGACUUUAUGAGCAGGGGGUAUAGCAUUCCCGGAGGCAAAUAGUUUUUUGUUUUCACUUUUAUUUUUUUAUCUUGCUCCUUUUCUUUUCUUUCACCCCCCUCGCCCGUUACGGGUUCUGUAUCUCUUGGAUCCGAGAAUCGAUCACACGCUAUUGUGGCAAUACCGGCACUGUACAGUACUCGUACAGUACUGUGCCAUAAUGCUUGUCUUACCUUUCAGAUUGCACAAGCACCGAUUAAUCCAUUAUCUUAUAAUAUCAUAAUUCUUUGGGUAUCACAAUACCGUUACCGUCACCUGGGCGGGGGAACGGGACCAAAUAAACAGUAACGGUCGAUGAAAUAGAUGUAUCACUGC